AUGGGCCUCCUGCCAUGGCCAAAACAGUCAGCAAAAAUUCUUGGUGAGCAUCUUCUCGCGGCUGACACAAGACUGCUCUUGGUCACCAUUGCUGUCGGUCCUGACCAUAAUCAUCAAGGCGACGAAGGUUUGCCUGUUUGCGCACGUUGUGAACGUGGCGGCCGAUUUUGCGACCACUCUACACCUUUGAAAAUUCGAGCCCAAAAGAACGUUGCUGGACGAAACGCCCCGAGUACUGCGCACGAUAGAGCGGGAUCGCCCGUUCAUCGUUUUGGCGAGCCUUGGGCAGAAUUGCAGAAUGAAGAAAUUGCGCAGUAUUUUGAGCAUUACCUCAAAGUGCUGGCGCCCUGGUAUGAUCUCAAUGAUCUGGAUGACUCCUUCACCAGGCUUGUCGGAGAGCGAGCUCUGCGAAACCAACUUCUUUUAAGUGCUAUCAUUGCUUUUGCGGCUAUCCACAAGAGUCGGACUGGAUUUGCAGCUUCAAAACCGUUGGCGGAGAGUCAUCACGCAAAUUGCUUGCGGCUGCUCAUUGGACUUGACGAGCACGACAUAGCGACCAAAGACGGUACAGCACUCGCCGCGACGUGUCUCUUGCGUUCGUAUGAAAUCCUCGCCGUAGAGGAAGAAGAUCCAAACCGACACCUCUUCGGCGCGUUCUCUCUGAUACCACGUAUGUCUUCCACGCUUCCGACCGAACCGCUGCUCAGAGCUGGGCUCUGGAAUUAUCUCCGAGAAGAUAUCACUUUCUCCUUGAUCAACGAGCGCCCAUUGAAAAUCGAGGUGGGGCAAGUGGACAUGAAUCUAUACCGUGACGAUGAUUAUGCCAAUCAUAUCACUCUUCUUCUGGCUCGAAUUGUCAAUGCCGUCUUCCGAGACGGGCAAGGACUUGUGGAGGAGCUGCGGGCCGCCGUCUUACGCUGGCAUUCGUAUCUCCCAUUUCGGCCAUACCAGGUGGUUCAGCAAGAGACAUUUCCGAAAAUUCGAAUGAUCCAAGACUGCCACGUCGCUGCCUUGCACUACUAUCAUGUCGCAUUGAUUCUCCUAGACAAGAAGAGAAAAACUGCCAAAUCUGCCUAUUUCGAAAGUCAAGCCCGUUUAAUAUGUGGACUUGCGCUUUCUGCAAAUAGUGAUGCUGUUAUGGUAAAUGCAUACGGUCCAAUCUGCUUCAGCGCAAAAUGGCUGACGAAAGACAAUGAUCGACGUGAACUGGUUGAUCGACUUCUAGACAGCCAGAAGCGCACUGGAUGGCCGGUCCAACCCAUAAUCACCAAGUUGAAACGCUGCUGGUCUGGUCAGGACGAAGACCGAAGACAAUAG